AUGGUUGCUCGAGCCGCUCUGAGCAAUAGGAUGAGUUCGCCCUCACUGUCUCGUUCUGAGGUAUUCGUUCAACUCAGAAAGGAGCUGUUCAACGACGAUGAAUUUUGCCAUAUUACCCAUAUCUUCAUCGUUAUGGGUGCUUCAGGUGACUUGGCUAAAAAGAAGAUUUACCCUACACUUUGGUGGUUGUAUAAAGAUGGACUCUUACCAGAGGAGACGUUCUUUGUGGGCUUUGCUCGAUCCAGCCUGACUGUAGAGGACAUCCGCACAACCUGCUUACCUUACAUGAAGGUAAAGGAGAGCGAGAGCGAGAGUCUGCGGUUGUUCUUUAGUAAGAACUCGUAUGUGAGGGGUAGCUAUAGCGACGGAGAGUCCUUCUCUCGUCUGCAUGCCCACCUCAGCUCUCUGUCUGAUGGAGCUGAGGCAAACUGCCUCUUCUACCUCGCCCUGCCACCCAGCGUCUACCGCGACGUCACCAAGAACAUACAUCAACACUGCAUGAGCAACAAGGGCUGGAAGAGAGUGAUAGUGGAGAAGCCUUUCGGCCGAGAUCUUCAGAGCUCCCAGGAGCUGUCUGUCCACCUGUCCUCCCUCUUCAGUGAAAAUCAGAUCUAUCGCAUAGACCACUACCUGGGCAAGGAGAUGGUUCAAAACCUAAUGGUGCUCAGGUUUGGGAACAGAAUAUUUGGUCCGAUAUGGAACAGGGACAGUGUGGCAUGUGUGGUGCUGACGUUUAAGGAGCCCUUUGGCACUCAGGGCCGUGGAGGGUAUUUUGACGACUUUGGCAUCAUCCGUGACGUCAUGCAGAAUCAUCUGCUCCAGAUGCUCUGCUUGGUUGCCAUGGAGAAGCCCGCUUCCACCAGCUCUGAUGAUGUCAGAGAUGAGAAGGUCAAAGUGCUGAAGUGUAUAGAACCUGUGAGUCUGUCUGAUGUGGUGCUGGGACAGUACGUUGGGGACCCUGAGGGGACAGGUGAUGCUAAGCUGGGUUACGUGGAUGACCCCACUGUCCCUAAAGACUCCCGCACGGCCACCUUCGCCACUGCAGUGCUUUACGUUCACAAUGAAAGAUGGGAUGGUGUUCCGUUCGUCUUGCGUUGCGGUAAAGCACUGAACGAGCGUAAGGCAGAGGUGCGUCUUCAGUUCGUGGAUGUGCCAGGAGACAUCUUCGGCGGGCAGUGCCAGAGGAACGAGCUGGUGGUGCGGGUACAGCCGGACGAAGCCAUUUACGCCAAGAUGAUGAGCAAAAAACCUGGCGUGUUCUUCAGCCCCCAGGAGACAGAACUGGACCUGACCUACCGCAGCAGAUACCGGGACGUGAAGCUCCCUGAUGCCUACGAGCGUCUCAUCUUGGACGUUUUCUGUGGCAACCAGAUGCAUUUCGUUCGCAGUGAUGAGCUGAGGGAAGCUUGGAGGAUCUUUACCCCUCUCCUCCAUCAGAUUGAAGGAGAGAAGAUGGCCCCUAUCCCCUAUACUUAUGGAAGUCGGGGUCCAGCUGAGGCCGACGAGCUGUUGAAGAGGGUGGGGUUCCGUUACGAAGGCACUUACAAGUGGGUCAACCCUCACACAUACGUAGAGCCUGCUUUGGACCGGCUUUGCCUUAAUCACUGA